AUGAGUACCCAGCAAGAGUCAUCGGAAAAGACCGUUGCAACGACCCAGCCGGAGAUUGCAAGUCCCGGGGUUCAGUUGACCGAAUUGCUCACUAAAUUUGGGGAGAUGGCAUCUGAAAUGGCCGCCCAAAAGAAACUGAUCGAUGAGCUCGUUAGUAGCGGAGUGCAACCCGAGUCUCCGCCCAUCAAACAAACACAGUCCGAAUCAUUUGUUAUUCCGCCAAUUCAAACCACGUUACCAUUUGUUAUUCCUCCAAUUCAAACCACGUUUGAGGGAACUUUUAACCCGCAAUAUGCUUUUACUCAAAAUCCUCCUUUCUACCCUUCCUAUAGUCAAGGAUUUCAGCCUCAAAGUGACCCAAACAUGCAUCUGAACCCACCAGUUUUCUAUCAAACCACCGCAGAACCCGUGAUACCGGAGCACACUUUCCAAAAUAAGCCUGAAAUGGGUGAAUCUUCUGCUCCAAUCGAUAUGAAGUUGCUCAGACGUCUAGAUCGUUUCGAUGAAUUUAUAAGGAAGAGCCAGGGGCUGAACAAGCAGGGAGUCCUGGAUUAUGAUGACUUGUGCCUUUUUCCGAGCCCUGUGGACGAUGAGAAUUUGCCUUUAAGGUUGUUCCCCGAGAGUCUGGAAGGGGAUGCGCUUGACUGGUAUUCCAACCUGAAACUUGAAGACGUGAAAACCUGGAUUGAUUUGUCUAAUGCAUUUGUGAGACAGUACGAGUACAACUGCGAGUUGGCUCCCACCCGGACUUCUCUGGAAGGAACGAAAAGGAAGCCUUCUGAGGACCACAAGACCUAUGCUAAGAGAUGGAGAAAAGUAGCUGCGAAGGUCGAGCCGCCCAUGACCGAGGAUGAAAUCAUACGUACUUUCAUAAAAGCUCAUGAUCCGCCGUACUUCGAAGAGAUCUUUCGUAUGACCGGAUGUUCGUUUGCUGCAAUUGUAAACAAACUUGAGGAGUUUGAUGACUUUGUGAGAGCUGGAAAGAUUGUCAAUGUCUCCGCCCUCAAAUCUCAGUUGGAUGCUUUACAAGGGCAAGGAAGCAAUGCGAAAAAGCCGCCGUUCAAAAAGAAGGAGGGGGACGCAACCUUUAUUUGGAACCAAGACCCUUCACCCAGACCCCGAUAUCAACACAAUCCAACUUACCAACCACCUUAUCAUUACUAUCCGAAUCCGUACCCUGUAUAUACUACCAACAUUCACCAUCCUCGACCUCGCCCAAGCUAUCCCAACCCACCUGUAGCUCCUUUUCAAAUUUCUCAACCAAAUCCACCCCAAAACCGACCACGCCCACCAUAUAAUCCAAGAUUUCCACCACCAAAUAGACCUGCUUACAACCAUCCUCAACCUCCUGAACCUUACAACCGACCACCUAGCCUUAGGAGAAGGGAGGCACAAGGACCGAACGUAAAUAGAAACCCUUUACCGGAACAUGCCAAUAUCAUUGGGGUUAUUCUGGAUGAUACGGAGUAUGUGGAACCAGUCAGAGAAUUGGCAAGGGAAGCUGAAGUGUUUGGGGUCACAGACCAACCCUUUGUCAUAGAGUUGCCAUUUGAAGAGGAUGAAAAGCCCUUUAUUUUGGAUCUCACGCCAGCUGAGAGGGAGGCUUUGGAGCCCGUAGUCAUUGAAUUCCCGAAGCAAGAGCCUGUUUUAAGUUUGCAACAAGUACCCUGGAAUUAUGAUGAACCUGACGUACAGAUUGGGGAGAAGUCAAUUGCAAAGAAGGAAGCGUCAGUGGUUACCAGAUCGGGGAAGAUUGCAAGUCCAUUUGAAGCUGCCAUUCCGAUUUGA